AUGGCCCUGCCAUAUCUUUUCUUACUACAGUACCUCAUAUGCCUGGCAACAUGUGUCUCCAAUCCAGCCAGUUUUGUUGGCUCUAGGCCUCCUCUGCCAAUAGGAUUCCCAGGGUCACUCCCCGAUUAUAUGAGAAGUAAUGUCAACAACCAAUUUGGCACUGCACCUGAUAAGGGGUUGUUCAAUGGUCCUAUCUUGGGACCAAUACCUGCAAAGGAUCUUGCAAAGAUUCAUCAUAGUUCAGUCAACAGGACAAGGACUCAAAAUCUUUCAGCAUUCGGACCACCGGUUGGUGGCCAAACCCAAGCGCAUAUUUCGCACAGCACAACCGUGGCCUCUGGUGCAAAACAUCAAUCGACUGACACAGUUGAAAGACGUGGCACCGAAGACUACUCCGAGGAAGAGUAUGAGCAUUUACAUGCCCAUCUGGACAACACAGUAUUACAGUAUAAGAACCUGCCCCGCCAGAGUGAUAGUUACUGGCUUGAUAAUGUUGCUCACGGCGUCAUGCCGCUGGCUCCCUCUAAUUAUACAUUCUUCCGCAAUGUCAAGGACUAUGGGGCCAAAGGUGACGGCUCUACGGAUGAUACUGCAGCUAUCAAUAAAGCCGUUUCUGAUGGCAACAGAUGCGGAAAUAACUGUGGCUCAACAACUGUCCUCGGAGCUCUGGUGUAUUUUCCUCCGGGUGAGAUACGCAACAAGCCCCUGAAACACACAAAAUUAAGGAUGAAUACUGAUUGCGAGUGGCAUCAGAUGCCCACGCUGCAGAGCACUCUCAAUUUUACAGGUAUUGCUAUCAUCGACUCAGAUGUUUACAUACCGGGAGGAAGCGGUGCAGAGUGGUACUUGAACCAGAACAACUUCUAUCGCCAGAUUCGCAACUUCAACUUUGACAUGACAAAGCAAGCGCCGCAAAACACGCAGAAUUUCCAACUAUACGUACCUACUGGCAUUCACUGGCAAGUCGGCCAAGCCACCAGCAUCACGAACUGUAACUUCAAUAUGGCGGUCUCGACUUCAUCUGAUCCCGAUGGAAAAGCCACAUCGGUUGGCAUAUUUAUGGAGAAUGGUAGUGGAGGCUUCAUGUCCGACCUCACAUUCUUCGGCGGAAAUGCAGGGAUGGUCAUUGGCUCACAGCAAUUCACGUUCCGUAAGUCUGGGGGCAACCUGCAAUUCACGUCGUGUUUGCAAGCUGUGUCUGUGCUCUGGAAUUGGGGCAUGACCUUUCAGAAUGUUUAUGUUCUAUCCUGCUAUAUCGCCUUCAACUGUACCUCACACGGCGGCUCUACUGGUCAGGGUGCUGGCUCCCUAAGCGUGCUUGACUCGCAUUUCAAUGGUGUUCCAUACGCUAUCACCGUCUCCGCUGAAGGAACAAGGCCAAAUCUUAUCCUCGACAACUUGCUGGUCGAGGGUUCCGCCUCGGUGGUAUUGGUAGAUGGCGGUGAAACUAUUUUCCCUGGUUCUUCUGGCCAAAUCUAUGUCGAAUCUUGGGGAAUGGGGGGCGCAUACCUGGACGAAAAUGGAGAUCGCCAAUAUUUGACUGGCCUCAUCAAUCCGAGUCCAACGAAACCCAAGAGCUUACUCGACAGCAAUGGCCGAUACUUUACUCAGCCUAAACCGCUGUACACAAAUGUCGCUGGCGGCAGUGUCAUCGUGGCCACAGCUCACGGUGUAUCCAACAACAUGGAGGGUGACCAGUCUUCAGCAAUCAAUUCUUUAUUGGCUUCAAACGUGGGCAGUGUGAUUUUCUUCCCUGCUGGUAUUUACCUUGUUAAGAACACUGUGCUCGUUCCGAAAGGCUCAAUCAUUGUUGGCGAAGGAUGGAGUCAGAUCAUGGCAACUGGAUCAAACUUUGCCGAUCCUGACAAGCCACUGGUCAUGGUUCGAGUUGGCAACAAGGGCGACGUUGGGAGCGUCGAGAUACAGGACAUGCUAUUUACUGUCCAAGGAAGCACCGCUGGCUGCAUACUGAUGGAAUGGAACAUUGCUGAAUCUUCACAGGGGUCCGCAAUGAUGUUCGAUAGCCAUUUCAGAGUCGGCGGGGCUCAAGGCACAAAUCUGCAGCUGGCUCAAUGUCAAGACGCGGCCCCUGGCUCUGGUUGCGAUGCAGCGUCAAUGCUGCUGCAUCUGACUCCAAGCUCUUCAGGAUACUUUGAGAAUAUCUGGGCUUGGGUAGCCGACCAUGAUCUUGACAACCCAAACAAUGCCUUCGCUUAUGAAACAUCAGAUGGUGUGCCCCAAAAUGUCCAGACACAAAUUGGCGUUUACGCCGGCCGAGGUAUCUUGAUCGAGUCUCAAGGUCCGGUCUGGUUUUGGGGAUCUUCGAGCGAGCAUUCCGAAUUGUACAACUAUCAGUUAGCGCAUGCGUCCAACAUCUUCCUAAGCCAUAUGCAAACCGAAACGCCUUACUACCAACCUGAACAAUACCUUGACCUCUUGGCAUACUCUCCUGGGCAAGGCAGCUUUACGAGUGAUCCCACAUUCUCAGAUUGCAGCUCGAAUAACUGCAUGUCUUCAUGGGCGCUGCGUGCGCUGAAUUCCUCCAACAUCUUCAUCUACUCGGCGGGAUUCUACUCCUUUUUCGACAACUAUGUGCUGGGUUGCGGAAACAGACAAGACUGCCAAGAGCAUAUUAUUCAGACAGACUAUGUUGGCCAGCUAUACUUGUACAAUCUGUUCACCUUCGGGGUCGACGAGCUCGUCUCACCGGCAGGUGGUUUUCCGCCACCUGUCUUCUUUAAUGAUUCUAACCAAAGCGGCUAUACCAGCGAGGUUGCGGCGUGGCUGAUGUUGGCUAGCGGAGAUGCCUCCCAGCUUGGAGAUGGGGGUGGCAGCAGUGGCAGUAGCGGUAUCGGCAGUGGCAUUGUGUAUAUUGAUCCUCAGAUCUGGUCUGAACCGGCUGCUUCUCAAACAGUCGGAUGUCUUCCUCCUUGCACUUUGGUGCUGCCGCCGAUAACACUCAAGACGCCCACAACCAUCUCAUUCCCUCCGUGGACCACGUCUAUCGAGGUUGGAUGGACAACUGUCAGCACAAUAUCCACCAGCAACGCGGUAAUCACGACGACAUUCUACACUUCAAUCGAGGUCAACACAACACUUACCAUCCCGCCAAUCACAACCACCUUGAUUCCUAUUUGGAAUACAAUCAUCCCGGAUAACGUUACUUCUGCAAUCAUCUAUCCCACGAGCAGCAUUCUACCGCCGCCGAUUGUGGUGACUGACAAUCCCAACCCUCUGAAGCAAAGCGGUGUAACCCACCCGCCACAGACCCGGACGAUAUACCCCCCUCCAUUUCCUUAUCUGACUUCAUCAACUUCACACGACUCGCAUCUUCCGACUCUCACUUACAAGAGCUCGACGCCAAAGCCGACUUGCAAAACGGAUUGCAUCUCAACUUCAUGUACCACCACUUGCAGCACAUACGAAGGCUGUGAAGUUACCGCAACGUCACUCGACUCCACCGAAACGCCAGCCAACUAUUGGGAAGGGACCCUGCCUGAGCCAUGGAACACCAAUACUGAACCCGCCAACGUUGCCAACUCCGUUGCCAGUUCCAUCCGUAGUAAACUUCUCACUGCCAGUCUCAUCUUCACUACUGGGAAUUAUGUUACAAGCAUUCCGAGCAUAACGUCUUUCCCGUCUGUUACGUCGCCAACUAGUACCCCAGGCGGCGGCGGCAGCAGCUCUCCCAAAGUUACCGUAAUAUACGUCACGACAACAACGACCUUCAUUACCACGCUUACUCCUCAAGUAUUGCAAGGGGCAUUAACCGUGGCAGGCGUCAGCUCCAUAGUGUUUGGAGGAAAGGGCGGAGAAAUUGUCCUCUCCAACUACAACUUAAACUUCAUCCCGCCUCGCACGACAUUUGACGUCUGCUCAGCAGGCAACUUUUAUGUCCAAGGCGAUGCCACGCCUAGCCCAGCCCACUGGUCGGAUGUUCCUAGCAGUAUCUCGUUCUUCACCGCUCUCACUUCUGGACCGACGCCUCUUUCUUCUUGCGCUUACAAAAAUUCUGCACCGAGUGAUGGCGAUGGCGGCUCCGUGGUGUGCAAGGGCACGAGUUUUCCUUGUGUCAUAGCAACCGAAACGCCAAUCUGUUGCGCUCCUGACGGUUUGACAGGAUGCGAUGCUUAUAUCAAGCUCCUGAUACAUUGUGACGUGUAUGGCACAACAACAACGGUACUUACGGACACAACCCUCGUGGUGAAAACGAUCACAACAACUGUAAAAUAG